AUCGCCGCAAGUGCGGUGCGUAGAGCUUUAAUUGUCGGUUGUGUACGCGGGAGCUCAGAAUUAUUAUUAUUAUACUAAAAGUUUCCUUGAAAUCGCUUGAAAAACUUGUUGCGAAUUAGGCCAGUUGCAAAUAAGUUGUGUGACUAAAAAACCUGUGUAUUUUCAAAAGUGGCGAUUCCCAUUACAUCGACAUCGCCAAGAUGGUGUUGACCGAGGUCCUAUUCGUAGUGGUCGCCGCCCUGGUGGCGCUGUACACCUGGUUCCAGCGCAACCAUAGCUAUUGGCAGCGCAAGGGCAUACCCUAUAUCCCGCCCACGCCGAUCAUUGGCAACACCAAGGUGGUCUUCAAGAUGGAGAACUCCUUUGGCAUGCACCUGUCGGAGAUUUACAACGAUCCGCGGCUGAAGGACGAGGCUGUGGUGGGCAUCUACUCCAUGAACAAGCCCGGCUUGGUUAUACGCGACAUAGAGCUGAUCAAAUCCAUUCUGAUCAAGGAUUUCAAUCGGUUCCACAACCGAUACGCCCGCUGUGAUCCCCAUGGCGAUCCCUUGGGCUAUAAUAACUUGUUCUUCGUCAGGGAUACCCAUUGGAAAGACAUUCGCACCAAGCUCACUCCCGUUUUCACCAGCGGCAAGGUCAAGCAGAUGUAUACCCUGAUGCAGGAGAUUGGAAACGAUCUGGAGCUGGCACUGCAGAGGCAUGGCGAGAAGAACUCGGGGAAUUUCAUUACGGAGAUUAAGGAGAUCUGCGCCCAGUUCUCCACGGACAGCAUAGCCACGAUUGCAUUUGGCAUCCGUGCCAACAGCCUGCAGAAUCCCAACGCGGAGUUUCGUAACUACGGACGCAAGCUGUUCACCUUCACCGUAGGCCGUGCCAAGGACUUCUUCGUGGCCUUCUUCCUACCCAAGCUGGUGUCGCUGAUGCGCAUCCAGUUCUUCACGCCGGACUUCUCCCACUUCAUGCGCAGCACCAUUGGCCACGUUAUGGAGGAGCGAGAGCGAUCGGGCCUGCUCCGCAAUGAUCUGAUUGAUGUCUUGGUGAGUCUGCGCAAAGAGGCGGCUGCCGAGCCUUCGAAGCCUCACUAUGCCAAGAACCAGGACUUCCUGGUGGCCCAGGCAGGCGUGUUCUUUACGGCGGGAUUCGAGACCUCCUCCUCGACCAUGUCCUUUGCCCUGUACGAGCUGGCCAAGCAUCCAGAGAUGCAGCAACGCCUGCGCGAGGAGAUCAACGAAGCUUUGGUGGAGGGCGGUGGGUCAUUGAGCUACGAGAAGAUCCAGUCCCUGGAGUAUCUGGCCAUGGUGGUGGACGAGGUGCUGCGCAUGUAUCCGGUGCUGCCGUUCCUGGACCGCGAGUACGAGAGUGUGCAGGGACAGCCGGACUUGAGUCUGAAGCCGUUCUACGACUAUACUCUCGAGAACGGAACCCCUGUGUUCAUACCCAUCUAUGCACUGCAUCAUGAUCCAAAGUACUGGACCAAUCCCCGCCAGUUCGAUCCGGAGCGCUUCUCACCCGCGAACCGCAAGAACAUAGUGGCCAUGGCAUAUCAACCCUUCGGAUCUGGGCCACACAACUGCAUUGGCAGCCGGAUUGGCCUGCUCCAGAGCAAACUGGGCCUGGUCAGCCUGCUGAAGAAUCACUCGGUGCGCAGCUGCGAGGCCACCAUGAAGGACAUGAAAUUCGAUCCCAAGGGUUUCGUGCUCCAGGCGGAUGGUGGCAUCCAUUUGGAGGUAGUCAACGAUCGCCUCUACGAGCAGAGUGCUCCAUCGAUCCAAUGAAUCUGAAUCGCACGAACUGUGUGAUCUGUAGUACACGUAUGGAUACAUACACAUAUAUGGAAUAAGUGAUUAGUUGGAUGGGGCAAUCGCCUUCUGACAGCUGGCAUUCGCCUGAGUUAUGAUGCACAUUAUACAAUAAUCCGUGUGUCAGAAGCGGCGCCUAGUCUACUAAAUAAAAACAAAAUCAUUAUCUAAUUACAUUUAAUCUGCGUGCUGAGCAGCUAGCUACUCAAUUGCGCCACCAAUAAAUAAAUGCAAUAAAUGCAAUCUUCACGAUUAUAAA